UUGUCGGUCUCGGUGUCAUUCUGUCGAUUGUUUGUCGGUGCCCGUAAUCUUUCGCGUAUCGCUAAUCGUACAGAGCGCAUUAUUUAUAGGGCAUCUAGUAUAUCCGUUGAAGGAUUUAGUAAGAUAUCUUUGGGUUUGUUAUAAAAACCUAUAUAUUUCAAUUAAAUUGGAAUUAUCUAGUCAGACUGUUCUUCACUGAGAGUAAUAUUGAUCAGGUUUCUGAAUACUACACAUAAGCCGACAACAUGGAGAUUGAAAUCCUGAAUGCUUCUGGAUCUAAACCUUUGGGGAAGAUAGUCGUCAAUGAAGGUACUACCAUUAAGAAUGUGAAAGACAAGAUUUAUCAGACCGUAAAGAAAUCCUUAGCUCCUAACCGUCAGGCAAUAAGGUUAGAUGCUAAAGGAAAAACUCUAAAGGAUGAAGAAACACUGGGUGCCCUUAAUAUCCGAGAUGGAGCAAAACUAUAUGUCAAAGACCUAGGACCUCAAAUAUCAUGGACUACCGUGUUUCUGGCUGAAUAUGCUGGACCCUUGCUAAUUUAUCUAUGGGUUUACAAAAGACCAUGGAUUCUGUUUGGAACUACAACUGAAGAACCUGGAAUUGUGGCAUCUGUUGCAACAGCAUGCUGGUCCUUCCACUAUGCCAAGCGGUUGCUGGAGACCAUAUUUGUCCACAAGUUCUCUCAUGGCACUAUGCCUUUACGCAACCUCUUCAGGAACUGUGCUUACUACUGGCUGUUUACUUUGUAUGUUGCUUACCACAUCAACCAUCCCCUUUACACUCCGCCUUGCAACACCUGCUUCUACGUAGGACUCUGUGGAUUUAUCUUUUGUGAGCUGGGUAACUUGAGCACCCAUAUACUGCUGUCCAACCUGCGUCCGCCUGGCACCAAAGUGAGGAAGAUCCCGAUGCCCGACAACAACCCCUUCUCUCAGCUCUUCAACUUGGUCUCCUGUCCAAACUACACUUACGAGAUCGGGUCAUGGCUAUUCUUCACUAUCAUGACCAAAUGUGCUCCAGCUGGUUUGUUUGCUGCCGCCGGUUGCUAUCAGAUGUCCGUUUGGGCGAUUCUCAAGCACAAAAACUACCAGAAGGAAUUCAGCAACUACCCCAAGGGACGUAAAGCAAUCUUGCCUUUUAUUCUUUAAAUACUCAAUUAUUAUAACUUAUGAGCGACUGCUCGAUACUAGACGAGGGAUCUUAGUCACAAUAUUCCACAUCUUAGUUUAAUGGUCUGGUGUUAGAUUGGGAUCAAAUGGGUGAUGGCUUGUAUUUAUAGCAUGAAAUGGAUGUUUUAGUUAAGAAAUAUUAAUUAAUUACACUUCGAAAAAAAAAUGUUUUCUGUUAUAAAAUAUGGUUAAUUUAGUUCUAUCUAAUGUUAUUAUUUAAGACGACGCAAUAACAAACUUUAUGUUUGUCUAAUAAAAGAUUUUAUAGAAUAUCCUCA